UUGAAUUGUUUAUUCGCGUGUCUGUAGAAUCUCAGGACUUUUUUGUUGUCGACAACUUUCCCUUUUUCCGCGUCUGUGUAAUUCUGUCAACAUGCGGACGUUGUCUCUCUUCAUCAGCCUGUUGGCGUUGGCUGUCUCUGGCGUCUACAGCACCGCCUUGACCUACCAACUCGGGGCCAGCGAGAAGGCCUGUUUCUUCACAAAUGUCGAACGACAAAAUGCCAAAGUCGCCUUUUACUUUGCGGUGCAAUCCGGCGGAUCCUUCGACGUCGAUUACUCCGUGGUAGGACCCAACGACAAGAAGAUCAUGGAAGGAGAGAAGGAGCGACAGGGGGAUUUUGUCUUUACGGCACAGAACACCGGAGAGUAUAGGUUCUGCUUCAACAAUGAAAUGUCCACUUUCGCAGACAAGAUGGUCGACUUUGAAGUCGCGGUCGAAGAUGAAGGCAAAUCAGCCCUGCUCCCUCAAAAGGCCGGAUCGUCUCCCGAACAGCAUUCCGCCCUCGAAGAUAUGAUUUACAAGAUCAGUGGACAGUUGAGCACGGUCAGCAGGAUGCAAAAGUAUUUCAGGACCAGGGAGAACCGCAACUUCAGCACGGUGAGGAGCACGGAACAGAGAAUCUUCAACUUCAGUUUGAUCGAGGUGUGCAUGAUGGUCGGAAUGGCAGGUCUUCAAGUUCUGGUCGUCAGAUUCUUCUUCCAGAGUAACCGAAAAGGCUUCGUAUAGAGUACCCUUCUUCGAUGGACACACACAUACACAACCAAAAUUUCUGUAAAACUAUGUCUAAAUGAGACCCAUGAUGGCUUCCCCCCAAAAUAAAACACAUUUCAAGAGACUUGAUCCAUUAUAAUACAUAUCAGAACGUCAAGGAGGAGAAAUAUACAAAGAUUCGAGAUGGCAACUUCUUCAAAAGCACCCAAAGAUGUCAAAAGAUUGAUUUGUGCUCCAUAUAAAAUGCUACGCUAUGAGGAC